GCCGAGAAUCCACAUUAUCAACAACCUACUGUCUCUCCACUGUUUAUCCACCUACACCUACCACACUUCAUUCUCACAUACUUGCCUUCGCAUCGAUAAAAAGAAAACCAACAACAUGGGCUGGGAUAUUUCAGCCCUCGCACCCGGACCCGCCGGGACAGUCAUGAUUGGCGAGAAAGGGGGCAUUGAAGGAAUUGCUCGACGCGCGCGAGAGCGCCGGAAGCGAGAGGCUGAGGAACAAGAACUUGGACAAGGGAUUCGUGAACAAGAAGAAUCGGCGAGUGAUAAAGAAUUAGAAAAUACCCUGAUUACAAAAACUCAAGAAAAUGGGGUUGACCGGAAAGCGAAUGGGCCCGUUGCAGUGUCGGAUGAUGAGGAGCAGCAUGAGCUGUUUGACGAGUUCGAUGAUGCCUAG